AUGGAAAAAGUUGAUUGUACUUUUUAUUUUGAAGAUUCAAGUACAAACCGUAAAAAACUUUUUGAAGAAGCAUUAUUACAUGCAAAAACAGGGAAAGUCUUGUACAUUUCAUCGGAAGAACUAACUGAACUACCAGAAUUAUCUCAAGAUUUGAGAUCACUCAACAAGUACUAUAUGAAAAUGAUAAUAUUUAUGUAUGUGAAGAGUUUAGAUGCAUUGAUAGAAAUUAUUUCUUCACUACAUGAUUGGCAAAACAUACCUUCGGUUAUAAUCUUGGAUGAUUUAAGUGCAUAUUGUGAUAAAACAAAACUACAAAAUGCAUGUGGUGUUGUUGCUCUACUGCUGGACACUACAAGAUGUUGUUCUAAGUUGAAUAAUUCAUGCUCAUUACGCAUCGCAGUACCUAGAAUAGUAGUGGGUGAAGAUUAUUGUAGCAUUUUAAGAGAUAUGUAUAGCUGUAAUGAAAGUGAUACUGUUUAA